GGAGUCGGUCAGUCAUGUGACUAAAGUCUGACAUGACACAAUAGUGUAAUGAAAAGUGUUGUCAUUGUGAAGUUCUUGUGAUCAAGUCGGGAUGAUGGGGUUGACGAAAACAAGCGCUUGCAGCGUUGUGUUGCUACUUGUCGUGGCAAUUGAUACAGGGUUCUCGAAUCCCCUCAAAUCAAAAGAAUCCUGGGGAUAUGUUGACGUACGCGAGGGGGCACAUAUGUUCUGGUGGCUUUACUAUGCUGACAGCCCGUCCGCCAGCUACUCCCAGCUGCCUCUCGUGAUGUGGCUGCAGGGAGGCCCGGGAGGAUCAGGCUGUGGCUUCGGGAACUUUGAGGAGAUCGGACCCCUGGACAGAGACCUUGAGCCUAGGAAAAACUCCUGGGUUCAGUACUCCAGUGUAUUGUUCGUUGAUAACCCGGUAGGAACAGGCUUCAGCUACACGGACUCAGACGAGGCCUUCGCUACUGACGUGUCUACGGUCGCCUCCGACAUGCUGGUGCUGCUCAAACACUUCUUCAACAAGGAGGAACAGUUCCAGAGCGUGCCCUUCUACAUAUUCUCAGAGUCCUAUGGAGGGAAGAUGGCUGCCGCGAUCUCACUGGAACUCACUAAGGCCGUAGAAAAAGGAACCCUGAAGUGUAACUUUGUCGGAGUGGCUCUGGGAGACUCUUGGAUCUCUCCACUGGACUCUGUUAUGACCUGGGGUCCUUAUCUGUACACCACGUCCCUGCUAGAUGACUACGGCCUGCGGGAGGUGAGCAGUGCAGCAGAGGCGGUGAAGCAGGCAGUGGAUCAGGGGCAGUACCUGAAGGCCACAGAGCUCUGGUCUGUCACUGAGAGUGUCGUGGAACAGAACACAAACGGAGUCAACUUCUACAACAUCCUCACCCAGGAACCUGAUGAGGAGAUGUCCUCCGUGGCUGGAGAAGGAUUCCUCUCCCUGCUGAUGCGGCACCACAUUAGCCCCCUCCACCGCCAAUCACUGAGCCAGUUGAUGAACGGGCCAAUCAGGAAGAAGCUGGGAAUCAUCCCUCAGAAUGUCACCUGGGGAGGUCAGGCUGAGGCAGUGUUCAGCAGCAUGUCAGGUGACUUCAUGAAGCCAGUGGUGGACGUGGUGGAUCAGCUGUUGGAUGCCGGGGUCAACGUCACUGUCUACAACGGACAGCUGGACCUCAUAGUGGACACCAUGGGUCAGGAGCAAUGGGUGAAGCAGCUGAAGUGGUUGGGGCUCCAGAGCUUCAGCCAAAUGAAAUGGACCGCCCUUAAUGACCCUGCCUUCCCGGGGGUGACCGGCGCCUUCUACAAGACCUACAAGAACUUCUCCUUCUACUGGAUCCUUAAGGCUGGUCACAUGAUCCCCUCGGACCAGGGACCCAUGGCACUGCAGAUGCUGAAGAUGAUCACACAGCAGGACUGACACACACACACACUCUCUCACUUAAUAACACACACACGCAUACCGCACACACUAGAGCUGGACGAUAUGGAGACAAACCAAUCCAGAUUAUGAUAUAUUUCCUUUUUUAUUUUUUUGCAAUAUUGUUAAAUCAGUUAUUUUGGGGGAGGUGUGCUAAAGCCGGACCACAUGGACUAAAAGUCCUAUCGUGAUGAAUGUAACUACUGUGUUUAAUAGUGAGUUACUUUACAUUAGCGAAGAGCUAGCUAUCAUGUUUAAUGGUUAGUUACUUUACAUUAGCGAAGAGCUAGCUAUCAUGUUUAAUGGUUAGUUACUUUACAUUAGCGAAGAGCUA